AGCCCCGCCCCUCCAGGUGGGGGCGGCGGCGGCCGGGAGCGGCGGCGGCGGGCGCGGGGCGGUGGCGGCGCGGAGGGAAGCGAGAACGAGCCCAGGAACAACCCGUGGCGUCCCCAGCCCUGCUGGAGCCGCGGCCCGCGUGGGAGCCCCUGAUUUCAGCCAAGCUACCGAGGAACCGAACCUCCAGCAUCUCUCCCGCCAGGCAGAGCAGGAGCCCGGCCGUGCCCUGGGGCUGCCGUGCAUGAAGGACAGAGCGGGAGGAAGGAGGAGGCCACCGCUGCCGGCUGCCCUCCAGACACGCUGCGUGGGAUCCCUGCCACUCUUAUGAGCCUGCCGCCCGCCGCCUGCCCGAGAUGUCCUCCAGCGACAAGAACGGGGGCAGCCGCUCCGGCAGCAGCCACCUGCAGAGCAAGAAGCCCCCCAACCUCUCCAUCGUCAUCCCCCCCAGGGAGGCAGAAGAGGACGGCACCCGCAAGGAGGUGAGCAGCAGCGAGCUCCUGGGGCGCCCAUCCCGGGGGCGCCCGUCCCGGGGGCACCCAUGGCCGCCCUCCCGUGCUCUGUUCCUAACGCUCUGCUCUGCCUCCCAGCCCACCAAGGUCCCCAUCUACCGCAAGAGCAAGAGCCUGCAGGAGCCCCGCUCGAAGGGAUGCGACAGCUCGGAGCGGCGGCCGGGCUUUCGCCGGCAGACCUCCCUGUCCCAGAGCAUCCGCAAGGGCACGGCGGAGUGGUUCGGCGUCAGCAGCGACUGGGAGGGGAAGCGGCAGCACUGGCAGCGCAGGAGCCUGCAGCACUGCAGCAUGAGGUACGGCAAGCUGAAGGCCGCCUAUCGCGACAUGGAGCUGCCCAGCCAGGAGGCGCCCUCCUUCCAAGGCACCGAGUCGCCCAAACCGGCCAAAAUGCCCAAGAUCGUGGACCCGCUGGCCAGGGGCCGUCCCUUCCGCCACCCCGACGAGACCGAUCGGCCCCAUACGCCCCACCACGUCCUGCCCCCGCUCACCCCCGGCGUCGUGUCCUUGGCCUCCUUCAACAGCGCCCGCUCCGGCUACGGCCGCCUGCCGCGGAGGAAGAGGGAGUCGGUCGCCCACAUGAGCUUCAGGGCGGCCGCCGCGCUUCUCCGCGGACGCUCGGCCCUGGAGCCGCUGGCUCAGAAGCGGAGGAGCAACAAGAGGAGCUUCGUGUACCCCAGCUUCAUGGACGAGGACGUGGUGGAUGCCGCCGAUACCUUGGACUCCUCCUUCUUCAGUAAGAUGGACCUGCAUGACGAGACCUACUCCAUGCCGGACGACGUCUUCGAGUCGCCGCCUCUCUCGGCCACCUACCUGCGCAUGCACUCGGUGGGGGAGGACGUCAGGGCGUCCCCCGAGAGCGAGCAGCCCCCUCUGCGUGAAGGUGCCCGGCUCGCUGCAUCCGCCGCUGGCACUGCUCCCCGGAGGGGCAGGCGCAUCGCUUCCAAGGUGAAGCACUUCGCCUUCGACCGCAAGAAGCGCUACUACGGGCUGGGGGUGGUGGGCAAGUGGCUGAACAGGACGUACCGCCGCAGCCUCAGCAGCAUCGUGCAGUCGCAGCUGGAGAACACCGACAGCCACCGGCCGUAUUUCACCUACUGGAUCACCUUUGUCCACAUCCUCAUCACCUUGCUGGUCAUCGGCACGUACGGCAUCGCUCCCAUCGGCUUCACCCAGCACGUGACGACAGAGUUAGUGCUGAGGAACAAAGGCGUGUAUGAAAGCGUCAAGUACAUCCAGCAGGAAAACUUCUGGAUCGGGCCCAGCUCGAUCGACCUGAUCCACCUGGGGGCCAAGUUCUCGCCCUGCAUCCGCAAGGACCAGCAGGUGGAGCGCCUCAUCCAGCGCGAGCGGGACCGGGAGCGCGGCUCCGGCUGCUGCGUGCAGAACGACAACUCGGGCUGCAUCCAGACGCUGCCGCAGGACUGCUCGGAGACGCUGGCGACGUUCAUCAAGUGGCCGGGCACCAACGCGCCGGCCAUGGGCUCAGGUGAGAAAAGGACGUCGGGGGCCGUGUGUCACCAGGACCCCAGGACGUGCGAGGAGCCGGCCUCGAACCCUCCCCACGUGUGGCCGGACGACAUCACCAGGUGGCCGAUCUGCACCUACGAGACCAAAACCAACCACACAGGCUUGGCGCACAUGGACUGCCAGAUCAAGGGGCGGCCCUGCUGCAUCGGCACCAAGGGCAGCUGCGAGAUCACGACGCGGGAGUACUGCGAGUUCAUGCACGGCUACUUCCACGAGGAGGCAACGCUCUGCUCGCAGGUGCACUGCCUGGAUGAAGUCUGCGGCCUCCUGCCCUUCCUCAACCCGGAGGUCCCCGACCAGUUCUACCGCCUGUGGCUGUCCCUGUUCCUGCACGCGGGCAUCAUCCACUGCCUGGUGUCGGUGACUUUCCAGAUGACGGUGCUGCGGGACCUGGAGAAGCUGGCGGGCUGGCAUCGCAUCUCCAUCAUCUUCAUCCUCAGCGGCAUCACGGGCAACCUGGCCAGUGCCAUCUUCCUGCCGUACCGCGCGGAGGUGGGUCCGGCCGGGUCCCAGUUCGGCCUGCUGGCCUGCCUCUUCGUGGAGCUCUUCCAGAGCUGGCAAGUGCUGGAGAAGCCGUGGAAAGCCUUCCUCAACCUCUCCGGCAUCGUCCUCUUCCUCUUCAUCUGCGGGCUCCUGCCCUGGAUCGACAACAUCGCCCACCUCUUUGGCUUCCUCAGCGGCCUCCUCCUCUCCUUCGCCUUCCUCCCCUACAUCACCUUCGGCACGGUGGACAAGUACCGCAAGCGGGCCAUGAUCAUCGUGUCCCUGCUGGUCUUCGUGGGGCUCUUCGCCUCGCUGGUGGUCUGGCUCUACGUCUACCCCGUGAACUGGCGCUGGAUCGAGUACCUCACCUGCCUGCCCUUCACCAGCAAGUUCUGCGAGAAGUACGAGCUGGAGCAGGUCCUGCACUGACCCCGCCGAAGGGACGCGGCCCCGGUGGCGCGCGGUGGGGACGUGGGGCUGGAGCCGGCCCCGGCUGCACCUCUGGCACGGCCGGGCCGUAACCGCUGUGGCUGGGGACCUGCAGGGCGAGGAUGGGGCCGAGUGGGAGCCGUGCCCCCCGUCCCGUCCCGCGUUCCCCCGCGGUGCCGCUCAUACUGUGAACACAACCCCCUUUUUGUAGGGGCGCGUAUUUUUUUUUAUCCGUGGCUCUUCGCCACGUCUGUUGUCUCGGGGGUGCUUGGGGACCCCCUGGGGUCUCUGCAGCUGCGCUGUGGCUCGUCCCAGCCCUUUCCUAACCCGUUCCAGUGGGAUUUGGCCCCCCAACAGCUCCUGCCUUGUCAGCCUUAGGAUUUUUAAUUUUGGAGUUGUUUUUCUGAAUGCAAGCAGUGAGCUGCAAGGGGCAUCCCUGAUGGUUUCCCCAGCUGUGGGCUCCCUGGAGCUUCGGCCCCACGAUGCUCAGAGCUGAGGUUUGAAGUAUUUUUGUCCCACUUUUGUGCCUGGUGCUCCCCCAGGGCCUCAGAAGAAGGCUCGUGCUUCUCCAAGCGGGCUCCUCGUGGAGGAUGGUGGAUUUGUUCAGCUCCUUCUGAAGCCCGGGCAGGGCUCAGCUGAGCGCGGACCCCUGGGGACACCUCUGCUGCUGCCCCGGGUCCCCGGUGCCACCUCCUGUCCUCCUUCCAGGUGUAGGGACCGGGGUAACUGGGUGGCUCCUCCGGGCUGCCUCGGCGCUGGUGGGUGACAGCGCUGGAGGACGGGGACAGAGCCAGUUCCCCAGCGGGACGAGCACCCAAGUGCUGGGGGCUCGGCUCCGCGCGCCCCCCUAGUGGUGCCUGCACCCCUGCUCCGCCGCGGGCCGGCCGCAGCCCCGCUCCUUCUCCCUCCGGUGCUGCUCCAGCCAAAGGCAGGUGCCUCACCUCGUUGGUCUCUUUUUGAUACUUUUUUAAAAGCCGUGUUUUGUUUUGGGUUUUUUUUUUUCCCCUUAAUAAAUUUCUACCUGUAUUUAAUGAGAUGC